GAAAAAAGAAAACCCUAGAUAAAUACAUCAGUUCAUCAUUACUCAGGUAGAGGGAGAAGUUCUUGUACCAUUCAUUUUUAUAUCAGAAGAACAACGAAAAAUCGUUUCUCUUGAAGUGACUAUGGUGGCGACGAACGUGAAGGCAGAAACCAUGUCUCUCAUGGACAAGCGUAGCGCGCUGGAGGCGGAGAUGAACGCCAUCAUCGCUCGCCUCUCCCAGCCCGGAGCUCCUGGUGUCUCCGGCGGUCUUGUCGAUUCUGAGGGCUUUCCUCGUUCCGAUAUCGACAUCCCCGUUGUUCGAGCCGAACGACAUCGCCUUGCAGAGUUGCGCAAUGAUCACAAGGAGAUAACUGAGAAAAUAAACCAAAAUAUUCAAAUUCUGCAUUCUGCAAGACUUGAAAGUAGGUCAUCGGUCUACAAGAAUCCAGGUAAUGAUGAUGGUUCGGAGACUCAGACCUCAUCAACUACAGACACUGUUGCAUUGAUGACAUCACAAAAUGUUCUCAUGAGACAUUCCCCCAAUUCAAUGGAUGUGGAUGUGUUGAUCAGUAGACCCUUUGCAAUGGUAGACGAGAUAGCAGAUGCGUCACCAGCAGUGGAGGAUGGUUUACAACUUGGAGAUCAAAUUCUUAAAUUUGGUGAUGUGGAAGCAGGUGAUAAUUUGCUCCAAAGGCUUUCUUCGGAGGCUCAGUCAAAUAUGGGUCGUGCAGUACCAGUUGUUAUUGUGAGGCAAGGCAUAGUGAUAAACUUAACUGUUACACCUAGAUCUUGGCAAGGCAGAGGACUACUGGGAUGUCAUUUUCGGAUCUUGUAGGUCCCAUGCUUAUUCUUCUUAUGAUGAUGGUGACGGUUGUUUCUUUUCCCAUCCGGAGUUCUUUACCUUAUCAUAUUUGUCUAGGCAAGACUCUGUAGUAUACAAUUACAUUAUGGUGCACUUUUCCUGACUCAAUAAUGCGUUACACUUUUUUUAUCAUCA